UCAACACAGCCGCUCUGCAGACGGAUAUCGGCCAUCGAGAGCAGCUCCUCUGUAGUGGUAGACAGGAUUUCUUUUACAGCCAUGGAGACAUUGUACAGUUUACCGUUUGCGUUGCUGGAAUGCCCAAAUGUGAAACUGAAGAAACCCUCGUGGCUGCACAUGCCGUCGGCCAUGACUGUGUACGCGGUGGUUAUCGUGUCCUACUUUCUCAUCACUGGAGGUAUCAUCUACGAUGUUAUUGUGGAGCCACCAAGUGUGGGUUCAAUGACUGAUGAGCAUGGACACCAGCGACCAGUGGCCUUUUUGGCUUACAGAGUAAACGGACAGUACAUCAUGGAAGGACUGGCUUCCAGUUUCCUUUUCACGAUGGGAGGCCUGGGCUUCAUAAUCCUGGACCGCUCCAAUGCACCAAACAUUCCCAAACUCAACCGCUUCCUGUUGCUCUUUAUCGGUUUUGUCAGCGUUCUCCUCAGCUUCUUCAUGGCCAGAGUAUUCAUGCGCAUGAAGCUGCCAGGAUACCUCAUGGGCUAAGGACAAAUAGAGCACACCCAAAUGAUUUGGAUGGACAGAUGACAUCAACGCAUUGGUGCCAAACUAAAAUAUGGAUAAACGCAACCCUUUACUAUAAUCAACCAUUGAGAACUGAAAGCACUGACCUUGCUCAAGAAGUUAGACCUGGCUGCACUGACAGUCUCGCACUGGAUCUGUCUCAUUGGUGUUCUUUGACUUUCUUCCCUUUUCUCUAUCUUCAAAUUUCCAAACAAACUGAUGCAGCAGAGGAUCACAUACAGAUAUGACAGCAACAUCAUUAUGACCAUUUUAGUCUUAAAAUCCAGGUCCUCUCAAGAAAUUAGAAUUUGAUUUGAUUGAGGAAGUUAACUGGUUUGGAAUCGGGACUAUCACUAUAUAAAUCAUUUAGAGGUCAGUCUGAAUAAUGUUUAAGUUCUACGUUUUUGUAAAGAAAUUGUUGAAAAAGCCUCUAACUUGUCACAGUUGCAUUUUUGUACAAGGAUGUGAAAUAAAUCUUCUUUUCAGAGCC